AUGGCCAGUCCUGAUCAGAUUGCAGCUCAGAUCCUGAGCACCAAGUCUCUUUCAGUUUCGCCUAAUUGGCUCAAUACAUUUCUGUCUUCUGGCCUGGCACAACGCAAUGUUCCUCCCUCUGCGCUGGCAAAGACUGCCAUAUUCCGCCUUCUAGCCUCCGACAUUAAAGAAUCACUCUCCAAGCAUAGAUCAUGCGUCCUGCCAGUGGAUGUCUACGACCCAAUGGUCCAAGAGCGAUGCUUACAAGGCUCAAUCCCGGUCCAGGUUCUAGAUAUUGAGGACAUUGGAACAAGUCUAUGGAGCCAAAUCGAAGCCAUUGAACGCGUCGAGCACGGUGAAGCCAUCAGGGGACGCGAGAUUGUUCGCACGAUUGCCGUCGAUGAAGAUCCAGAGGCUGCGGAGAGCAAUCCCACGAACAAUGGCCCUGUGGCUGGGGCAAAUGCUUCAGGAAGCAGUGGGAGUGGACCACAUCGCCUGAUUCUUCAAGAUGCCGGAGGCACUGUUGUCACUGGAGUCGAAAUUCAGCGUAUGGAUGGAGUCUCCGUGGAGAAACUCGCUAUUGGUGCGAAGCUGUUACUUCGCAAUCCUACUGUUGCGAGGGGUAUGGUGCUUCUCACCCCUGGGUGUGCUACUGUCCUUGGUGGUAAAAUUGAAACCUGGGAUACCCCAUGGCGACAAGGUAGGAAGGCCAGAUUGCUGGAGAAGACCGGCGGUCUGGAGGCAGAAUGA